CUGACGUUACCCGACAGAGACUACGGCAGCAACCCGGGCAUCCCGCCCUGCCGGCGCUGCGUCCGCGAGCAAAAAGAAUGCGUCCUCGCAACCUCCCGCCGCGGCGGCCGCCGGCCCCGCAAAUGCGUCCGGCUCCCCGACGCCGACGGCUUCCCGCCCGGGACGACCUCCACCUUCGAGUCCAUCCCCGCAGCGUCCGACGACGGCCCCACCACCGCAGACGCCCACCACAAGUCCGCGGAACCGUCGACGGGCCGGCCGUGGUCCUGCUCGCCCGAGGCGGAAGACGAAGAAGAAGACGGCGAGAGGGAAAGCCCCGGCCGCGCGGCGAGCUGGCCCGGAAGCGGCGGCGGCGGCGGCGGGUCGAAUCCGGGGGAUAGCCCUGGCGGGAGGUCCCUGCAGAGCGCGGGUGAUAUCGAGGGACAUAUCACGUCGAGCGACCUGCUCAACCCGUCCGACGCCCUGAAUCUGCUGGCGCAGGUGGCUGAUUUGGACGGCGACGGGGCGGAGAGGAAUAGGAAGCCCUCGAGGGUGGCGAGUAGCCACGAAGACGGCGCUUCUCUCGACGGGACGCAGGUGUUUUCCAAGACGAUCUCGGCGACGUGGCAUUAUCCGCCCAUCUCAGACGGCGUCCUCUCCGUUUCAACGGCAUCACGACUUUUAACCACAUACUACGAACAUUACCACCCCUUCUUCCCCGUAGCCCACAAAUGCAUUCUCUCGCCCCCCUCGAUCCCCUCCCUGAUCGAAUCCGAACCGCACCUGCUCACCGCCAUCUUCACCGUCGUCUCCAAGGACGAGCCCUCCCUCUCGGCCGUGCACGAGGCCUGCUCGCGGCACAUGGAGACGCUCAUCUCGAAGCUCAUCUACAAGGGCUCCACGACCGUCGGCGCCGUCGAGGCCCUCCUCAUCCUCGCGCAGUGGGCGCCCCAGCGGCUGCAGGAGAAACCCACCGUCGGCCGCGGCGAGGAGGACGAGGGCGCCUGGAUGCAGAUCGGCGUCGCCAUCCGCCUCGGGUACCUCCAGAGCCUGGAGCAGACCGGGUUGCUGGUCGACAAGCAGAGUUCUCUGUCGGAGACGUUUCGAAGGAAGAGGCUCGUCUGGGCUGCCUGCUACAUGAGCGACCGCGAAGUCUCGAUCCGCGUGGGCAAGGGCUUCUGGUCCCGCGGCCCGGGCCCCUCCACGAUCCCCCGCUCCGCAGACUUCCCCUCCCUCCGCGUCCAGCAGGCCGGGCCCUCCGACAACCUCGGCCAGCUCUUCCAGGCGCAGCUCGAGCUCAUCCAGCUCUUCAGCAACGCCCACGACAUCCUCUACUCGUCCGCCGGCCACCGCGCGCAGUUGUACCUCGGCGGGGAGUACGUGCGGUACAUUGACGACUCCUUCGCGGUUCUGAGGAAGUGGAAACUCGUCUGGGGGAGUCUAAGCUUCACCCCCCUGAUCAAAGCAGCCCUGAACCUCUCCUACGAGUUCCUCCGCCUCUACAUCAACGCCUUCGCCUUCCAAGCGACAAUCAACCGCGCCAUAACCCGCGCCCGCCAACAGCAACAACAACUCCAACAACAAGCCUCCGCCUCCGCCUCUUCCACCGCUCAAAACCAACAACAGCAGCACGACAUCGCCGGUCCCACAGCACAACAGCCGCCACCCAGAACGACAACAACAGCAACGACGACAACAACCACCACCUCAAUCAACUCCCCCCUCUUCGGAGACCUCUUCAGCACCCCGGACGCCCGCUUCAUCUACGAGUCCAUGGACGCCGCAAACUCCCUCCUCAACAUCCUCAACACCUCCGUCGACCCCGUCACGGGGCUGCGGUACAUGCCGUUGAAGUAUUACCUCUACGUGAUCUACGCCGCCGUGUUCCUGUUCAAGGCCAGACUAGCAGGCGCCCUCGGCCCCGAAGCCUCCGACUCGGUCCGCCGCUCCAUCUCCGUCACAAUCUCCUGCCUCCAACGCUCCUCCAUCUCCCCGCACUCCCUCGGCCAGCGCUACGCCUCCCUCCUCUCCCUCCUCUGGCGCUCCAAAUCCUCCUCCUCGACCACCACCCCGCUCGCCGACCCCACCACCAACGCCGCCGUCCCGGACCCGCGCCGCCACUCCUCCUCCGCCUCCACCACCACGCUCCACCAACCCGUCGCAGCCCCACACGGCCCCGUCCCACCCGUCCCGGUCCCGAUGAUCCCGGACCACCACUCCCACUCCCAUCACCAUUCUCACUCUCACUCCUCACAUCACAACCAACCCUUCCAAUCCCACGCCCACACCCUCUCCGACACCUCCUCCUCACACCACCUGCACCACACCCACACGCACCACCACACCGCACCCUCCAUGCCCCCUCUAGUGUCCAACAUCCUCCCCCACCAAUCCGACCUCCUCUGCCGCGGCUUCUCCUGGCGCGACCUCGACGACCUGGGCCAGUUCAUCGGCGUCGCCGGCGGCCCCGCCGACAUGGGUUUCCCCUCCGACCCCGCCGCCGCGGGGCUGCACGUCGUGGGCAACAUCAGCCUCGACGAGGGCGCCGCCUACGACGUCCUCUGGCCCGGCGGGAACGAUAUCAUUCUGUAG